AUGAAAGAUUUGAACUUUACAGAAAUCUUGCCACCUGAACUCAUUACUGAAAUCCUUUUGAGGGUUCCAGUGAAAUCCCUUUUGAAAUUCAGGUCUGUAUCGAAAUUUUGGCUUACUUUAAUCUCUAGCGGUGAAUUUAUCAAAAACCAUCUCAGUUUAUCAGCUAAUAACAAGGAAGACACCCACCAUGUGCUUAUUUUUGGUCAGAGUAGAUAUUAUAAGGGGAAUUUCAAAGAAUGUCUUUUUAGGUCUUUAUUUAAUGACUCUGUUACUGAGGCUUUCGACUUGAAGUAUCCCAUUGAAGACAACAGUAAACUUUUCAAUGUUUUGGGUUCUUGCAAUGGAUUGAUUUUCCUUGCAGAUUAUUUAGAAUGUUCGCUUUUAUGGAAUCCAACUACUAGAAUGCACAAGAAUUUGCCUGAUAUUAGACCUAGAUGGAAGAAGUACUAUGUCGAAUAUGGUUUUGGAUAUGAUGAGCUCCGUGACGAUUAUAAGGUACUGGGUAUUUUUUAUAAUCGUUGUGGUUUAGAUGGUGGGGAGGUCAAAAUAUAUAGUCUAAAAAGUGAUUCUUGGACUAGUGUGGAUUAUAUUGGUGAGGAGAUAUUAAAUACUUCAGACUCUAAUAGAAAAAUGAGAUUAGCUUAUUCAGGUUUUUUUGUGAAUGAGAAGCUUCACUGGGAUACGAUUACUUUUGGUCCUAAUCCCGGUGAUGUGUGUAGGUGCAGGGAAAUUAUUUAUUUUGAUUUAGCUAAUGAGAAAUGGGAAAAGGUGGAGAAGCCCUCAUAUGGAGUAGGAGAGACUGAUUUGUAUAUGGGAACGUUGGGAAGUUAUCUUUGUGUCUUUAGGGAUUACAACGAAACUCAGUUAGGUGUUUGGGUUAUGAAUGGAUACGGGGUUAAAGAGUCUUGGAUAAAGAAGUUUACCAUCACGUAUCCAAUUAAGCAAGUUUUAUAUCCACCCCUGUUCAUGUCAAAUAAUGGUGAAAUGUUGGCGACGUUAGGAACAAUUACUUCCAUAAUGUACAAUUCAAAAGAUGACGCAUUCAGAUAUCCACAUGUUAUUAACUGCAAUGACUUUCAUGGAGUGACAAUAUACGUUGAAAGUUUAGUUUGUCCUUUUUCAACUGAAGUGACAGAGAAAGCAACAAAACAAAGGGGGAAAAAGCUCAGAUCAAAACCAUUGAGAAACAAAUAA